GUCCCAUACUAGCCUCCGGCACCACAUUAUCGACGAAUACGAAGCGUACUUGCCCUCCGUUUUCAACCGAUCCCGAUCGCCUAUACAUAUCUCAUUCGAUAAUUAGACUUCAACAGGCGGCAAAAGAGCGCUCACUGGAAUGUGUGUACACCAUCUAGACUCUGUUGGGCACUACUUGGCCAGCACUCGGGCGAUAAUAUUGCCUCUAUCGUGGAAAAUACGCACCAAGCUUUCAAGAUAACCCCACAACGCAUUGGCUACUUCGUCCUCGAUAAUGCCACUAAUAACGACACUGGCCAAAAAGUACGACUUCAACGCCCGCAAUCGGCGACUACGCUGCUCCUGCCAUAUAGGUAACCUCGGUGCGCAACAGGUUAUAUAUGGCAGGGAUCGCGACGCUUUCGAUAACUCUGAGGAGAAUAUUCAGGAUAGAGCUUCAUGGAGGAGUGGCGGAGAGCUGGCCCUCUAGAGGUCCUGCUUGACGUCAUCUCAUCUAUAUGUACUCCGCAAGCUCGCCAGCUCCUAGAGGACUUUCAGAGAGACUCUAAUAGUCGCUCUGGGGACCCUACGGCCACUAUACUUAAACUGGUAAAGCCCGUCAAGACUCGCUGGAACUCCUACUACGAUUGCUUUGCCAGGGCGAUAAAGCUACGUAACGCCCUCGACGAUUACGUGGCAUAUAAGACUAAUGAGUAUCAACGAGAGGCAGCCAAACGCCGUUACAGAGUCGACGACGACUCUAGGAAAAAGCCACGACUGUUUAUCGAGGAGAGCUGCCUUACUAGAAAGGACUAGGUAACCAUCUCCGAGUAUAUACAGCUCCUGUCGCCCUUUAAAGAAGCCACUUCCUUUCUUAAAGGCAGGGGGAAAGCCGGCACUUCUAGAGCUAUAUACGAAGUUCUCGUGACCUUUGAUUGGCUAGUUAACCAGCUCACGAAUAUUACCGGGAGGCACGCCGACGUCGAUUUCAACGAUUCUGAUGCCCCUGAGGGUCACAUGAAAAUCAAAUGUCAACUAGCUCUUACGAAAAUCUCCGAC